AUGUUCAUACUAUCUCAAAAGCUUAAGUUGCUUAAAAGUAGGCUAAAGGUUCAGAAUAAAGAAACAUUUGGAAAUGUCCCUGACCUACUUAGGAAAGCUACUUCAAGUCUUGAGGAUAUUCAAGCUCAAAUCCAAAGCGAAGGUCAAUCAGAUGAUCUGCUUAUCAUAAAGAAAAAGGCUCAACUAGAAAUGGAAACUUCCUUAAAACUGGAGGAUGUGUUUUGGAAAGAAAAAUCUAAGGUCAAGUGGCAUCAUGAGGGAGAUAGAAACACUGCCUAUUUUCAAAGGAUUACUAAAGUAAAAAACUUCACUAAGUUAAUCUAUUCUAUUUAG